AUGCCACGUCCAGACCUUGAGCUCAUUGGCGUUGGCUAUCGGAAGAUCCCUAUCAUGGCUAUUGGAAAAGACGUAUAUUGCGAUUCCCGGCUGAUCAUCUCCACGCUAGAGUCCUUGUACCCUAACAACGCCCUUUCGCCGUCAACGCCAGCCGACGUUGGUAUCAGGAAACUUUUCGAAAGCUGGACUAUCGAUGGCGGUAUCUUUGCCAAUACUGUCAAGAUGAUGCCAUAUUGGCAGGAAGCAAGCUUUCUUUCGAAUGAAGCAUUCAUCGAUGAUCGCCAGAAGCUCAUGGGAAGACGAUUCACUGCCCAAGGCAUGGAGGCUGGGCGGCCGGAAGGCGCGCAGCACUUGCAACAAGCUUUUGAUUUGCUUGAGACUACUUUCCUCGCCGAUGGCAGACACUGGAUUCUAAACACACAGGAGCCGUCGCUAGCAGACAUCGAUGCUGUCUGGCCGUUCAAAUGGUUGAUGUCGGACCCGAAGAUGAAAGACAGCCUUCCCGCAGAGCACUUCAAUGCCAAGAAAUAUCCGAAGGUGUUUGCGUGGGUGAAGAGAUUCGUUACAGAACUCGAUAAGAAGAAGGAGACGCUACCAAAGCCCAAUGCGCUGGGUGGGGAAACAAUGGGGCAGCGAACUCUUGACGCCACUACCGCACCAAAAACGAUUACCUUCGACGAUGACAAUUCUCACGGGUUCAAACGAGGCGAAGAUGUCGAGAUCUCACCCUCAGACUACGGACAGACGGGUAAAACUGCCGGAACGCUAGUUGGUCUCACAGUACAUGAAGUUGUUAUCCGAAAUAGCAAGGGCAUACAUGUGCACUUUCCGCGAUGGAAUUUUGCCAUUUCCAGAGCUGCUUCAAAGCCUAGGAUCUAG